UGCCAACCUACCAAUGAUAAAGCAGCUGUGUCUUCCUACACAUCUCUGAUAGUCUCAGUUGAUAGUUAGGACAGACAUCGACUAAGUUCAGUAAAGAAAACCUGAAAUUCCCGUGAAGUAAGGUGGAAACUGAAAAUAGGGUUUGGAAUUUCUAUCACUAAACCGAUACCUUUUUGAACAGUUUCGUUUUAUUGAAGUAGUUUGUUGUUGAUUACAAGUUUUCCUAUAAUGGAGCACGAGAUCCGUCGUGAAAUUGCCCUGCGCGUUUGUGAGGAGGCGCGCUUCUGAGCACAUGUUUCUCUUUGAAGAUAACAUGCUUUUCUUCCGGGAAUAUGGGAAUGUGGGAAUGGGAAGAGGAAAUUCCACAACAGGAUGUGGAUCACCGCAGGCUCAGCCCCCAGUCUGCAGAGUAGAGCUGUUUCGCGCUGACAGAGUGCAGUCGUGGUGAUCUAUCGGUGUGUUUUAUGCUACAGAGAGAUAUGGACACGGUGUGUGUGCGUUUGCUUCAACUGCUCCUCGUGACUGUGGUGUCUUCUCAAAAUGAGAACGAAGUCCUGAAACAGACACUCACAACCAUAUCCAAGAGUGAGAUUGACAAUGCAGUUUCCAAUCUGACUGAGACCAAGCAAGACUUGACAACAUCUGCCCCAUCCACAUCCCCACCCCACUCCACUGCUGCUUUUAGUUGUCCUGGAAACCAGGUGAAAGGGGAGGGUGGGAACUGCUCCUGUCCAGAAGGCUUCUCCCUAAAAGACACAGAAGAAUGUCAAGAUGUGAAUGAGUGUGACAGGAUGGAACCUGGGCCUUGUGGUUUCCAUGCCAACUGCACGAAUAUGCCAGGCUCCUAUCUCUGCCACUGUUUCCGUGGUUUCCUGAAGGGCCCAGGAGGAUGUGAGGACAUAGAUGAGUGUGCUCUAGCUGCAGUGACAGGGCUCCAGGCCUGUGGGGGUGGUGCCACCUGUAAGAACACCCUUGGCUCAUUCUCCUGUGCCUGUCCAGUGGGACACGUGCUGGCCCUGGAUGGAAAGACCUGCGUGGAUGUUGAUGAGUGCAGCUUUGAGGAGCGCUGUCGGAGGGAGUUUGGGAAUGUGUGUGUCAACACAGAAGGAAGUUACAGGUGUGAGUGUAUCACUGGCUUUAAAGAGGACUCCUCUGCCUGCAUAGGUGGCUACUGUCUGGGCUACAAAGUGUGUACAGAUGCGGAUGAGUGCAGUGAGAUCCCAGACGUGUGUGCUGGCGAGGGUGUUUGUCAGAACACUCUGGGCAGCUACAAAUGCGUGUGCCAGCAGGGGUACCGUGGCAACGGCACACACUGUGAAGAUGUCAACGAGUGUAUGUCCGGUGACCAUGGGUGUGAUGUACACGCUCGCUGUGGGAAUGUUAUUGGCUCGUACUUCUGCCAGUGUCACCAAGGUUACGUUGGUGAUGGACAGUCUUGCUUCGAUGUUGAUGAGUGUACCCUUCAAAACGGUGGAUGUGCGCAUACCUGCACCAACCAGAUAGGAUCUUACAGCUGCAGCUGCAACAGUGGAUAUACACUGACAGAAACUCUACACAACUGUGCAGAUGUGGAUGAGUGUGCUCAGAGCAAUGUGUGUGAUCAGACCUGCUCUAACACACUUGGCUCCUUCUCCUGCUCCUGCCAACAAGGUUACCAGCUCCACAUUGACAGCCACACCUGUGUGGAUAUUGAUGAGUGUGAGCUGGAGAAUGCUGGCUGCUCUCAUGAGUGCAGAAACACACCUGGUGGAUACACCUGCCACUGCCCUGCCCCUUUACUGCUUGGCCGAGACAACUCCACCUGCGUCAAUGUGUCAUCCUGCGCACUGAGGAAUGGGGGAUGUGACCACUCCUGUUCAAUGGGGCCUGAGGGGCAUGUCCAGUGUAGCUGCAAAGCAGGAUGGGAACUGGAGUCUGAUGCGCGGACUUGUCGAGAUAUAGAUGAGUGUGUUCUGUUUGGAGGAGGCUGUGAGCAGGUGUGUGUGAACCUCCCUGGUGGUUUUAAUUGUAGCUGCAAGGAAGGAUAUGAGCCGCGGACCGACCAGCCAAAUAAAUGCCAGCCGGUGUGUGAAAUUCCAUGUCUGAACUCCGGUGUGUGUGUGGCCCCUGACACCUGUGACUGCCCCGCUGGCUACCCCGGGUCUGGCUGCUCAGCUAUGUGCUCCCCACCCUGUGCACAUGGAGGCACCUGCAUGCGCUGGAACAUGUGUCACUGCCCUGAGGGAUGGACUGGCCAAGGCUGCCAUACAGCGAUGUGUUCAUUACCGUGUGCCAACGGGGGGCGAUGUGUGUCUCCUGACGUGUGUCAGUGUCCCUCUGACUACACCGGCCCUCAGUGCCUCACCGCUAUGUGUACCCCACCCUGUCAGAAUGAGGGACGGUGUGUCGACAUCAACAAAUGUAGCUGCACUGGAGGAUGGCAGGGAACCCGCUGCCAAAUAGAGCCUGUUCGGUGCCUUAAAGGUUGCCAAAAUGGUGGUGUGUGUGUGGGAGUCAACCGCUGCAGAUGUCCAGCUGGAUUCGUUGGAACGUUUUGUGAGAAUGCGGUUAUGACCCCCUGUGUUCCCCCCUGUCAGCAUGGAGGCACCUGCUCUCCUCACAACAUCUGUAGUUGCCCCCAUGGCACCAACGGGGGGCGCUGUGAGAAGCUUAUAUGUCCCGUGAUGACUAUGGUGGUCAGUACCACACGAGGAGUCAGAAAACCAACCAGGGAGAGCUAUAUGGACCGCUGUGGACCACUAGGAGUGCAUCUCUGCACCAAAUACAGGAUAAAUCAGGCACGGGUUUACUUGCAAGCCUACAGAGUGGGAUACAAGAUCCAGUGUCCAGAGAAAGGAGGAUGAGCCUAAAGAUGUAUUUACUAUUGUUAUAUGCCUUAAUACAGUGGUUCCCAAACUUUUUACAGUCCCGUACCCCUUCAGACAUUUAAUCUCCAGCUACGUACCACCCCCCACCCCUGGGGGUACG